UUUGGGGAUAUGUUUUAAUAUAUCACUUGGAAGUCCAUAGCAGGUGAUCUAAGAACCAAUSAGGACCAUUCAUUUUGGACUUUAUGUAAAUAGAAAUUCGGAACUCAAAGUUAGAUGAUUUUUAAUAUAGUCUCUAUGAGAUUUAAAACGAGAAGUUCUCGUGUGUGGAAAAAAGCCAGAUACUACAGACUUCGAGGAAAAAAGGCCAAGAAUCAUUARAACUAUUACCUUUCCUAGUACCUAUGAUACGACAUGGUGGUCGUAUGACUUCUAAACUUCACAGAAGCUUUUAGCAGCCUAAAUUCAAACGGAGAUGCCAGUGAAGGACUUCCAUAACGACAARAGAAAACAAGAGAAUGCUGUCCUUGUUAUCUUAAAGAACCAAAUAUUUCAAGCAGAUUUUGGGAAGAGGAACUGCUAAUUCUAUUCCGUUCAGUGAAUCUUAUUUCCUGCUGUGUUAUUAUUUUACCACAGGAUUUUUCAUGGAUUUGUUUACCUUGAAACAUCGAAAAGAUACUCCACGUAUUUUAAACACAAAGUGCAAUCUUUAACUUAAAAUACCUUGUGUUUACUCAACUGGAAUCGAAUGGAAGCUCAAGUCGACUAUAGAUCUUUGAUCGUUAACUAAAGCUAUAAAUCUUGAACUCGGUAAUUUGGCAAUUAGCAAUAUUUUUUUAAAGUUGGCAAGUACUGGGUCGCUAAGAACCCCGCAAGGCGAGCUGAGUUUAUUGAUAGCAUUUGUUCGCCACGUUUCAACUGUWUAUUUUUUGAAGUCCUUCAUCUUCUGAAGGGCUAAAGCUUGUGGAAAUGGGAUGUGGAAGCUCAAAAUCACUAACAUCGUCAGCUAUCMCGACUCCUCCAGAGAAAAAACCUUUAAAGUCGAACCAAAAGGUUAUUUCAAAUAGCCAGCAAAGGUUAUGGAAACAACCAAGUUUGGAAAUGAGGUUUCUGCAGCCUUUAGACGAAGAAGAAGUCUCCGUACCCUCGACUCUGAGAAGCCCGACUCAAAUACGAACGUUUCACAUCGGCGACCGUGUUCAUGUACGUGGCUAUGUAGGGACRGUGAAGUUCACUGGCGCGACCGAGUUGGGGCAGGGAGAUUGGAUUGGUAUAGAAAUGGAUAAGGAAAUCGAUCAGGGGCAUAAUGGUAGCUACGAAGGCAUACAGUAUUUCAUAUGUCAUCCGAAACGAGGAGUUUUCGCUCGUUCGACGACGGUUUUUCCGCUCGACGAAUCUGAUCAAAAUUACAAUUCSAAAACAACAAUGAAGAUCGCUGCACAAACAGUCGUAUUUAUUCAAACAAAUAUUCGUCGCUAUUUGAAAGGAAUCUACGAGAAAAAACUGGAACUUGGACAAGAUAUUGAAAGAAUGAUCGACAAAAAUGUUCGUAGUACUCCGGAAAGUGCAAUGGCGAGUAUCGAGAGUCUAAGUAGUUUCUUGACAGAGCCAUGGGAGUGUGUGCAAAGGAAUAAAGCCUUUGCUAUCUAUCGUUGGGUUACUUUGUACAUCUCCUUCGAUUCCAACGGGCAUUUCGGUAAGGAAAACAUGUUGGCAUGCGAUGCAGAAARCGUACUGGAAAACAGAGCGUCGGUCUCCGAAGGGUUUGCUAAUCUAUUUGAAGCUCUCUGCUCURCAUCUARUAUCCCAACGCGAACUGUCCAUGGUAUYACAAAGGGAUACGGAUACAAAGUAGGGGAGAGUAUACUGGACGUACAAGGCAGGCACGUGUGGAAUGUGAUUCGUGUUGGCGGACAGUGGUUCAUUUGUGAUUGUACUUUAGGCUCGGGGUACUUUGGUGACGAUAUGAUGUUUCACAAAKCACCAAACGUUGAGAGUUUCAUGGUGCCACCAGACYUGGCAAUAACGGAUCAUUUUCCAGACGAAGAAAAAUGGCAGCUCCUUGACAGAGCYAUCAGUAAGGACACCUUCGAGGAACUCGCUGUUCCUUCGGCUACUCUAUACAASAGUGGAGUCCGACUAGAGAGCCACAAGACCUGUCGACACACCAUUGAUACCGACAACAUUGUCAUAUAUUUUAUUUCUCCUGCCAAGCACAUCUUAAAAGGAUUCUUAAAAGAUGCUUCCGGGAAUUCGCUAGGGCCAAGAAAUCUCGUUCAAAUGAUGUCACUAGAGUCUGGCAAGACAAGGCUACAAGCCUAUUUUCCAGAACCUGGUGAUUAUAUAUUGGAAGUUUGUGUUUUGGGGUCACGGGGCGAGUGGAARAAAGGAGUAGAAUAUAGAAUCAACACAACUGAUGGCAUUGGGCACAACACUGGUGGAUUCCCAAGCGUUGCGACACAGUUUUACUCUCUUGGAUUUGAGCUCGAAAAACCCACACAGAACAUCGAAUCUGACAACGGAAGAGUGUUGGUCUACAUUAGUUAUUACAAGAACGAGUUCACGAAUCUCAAGGCCAAGCUUUCUCGGCUGUCGUGUAUKCCUGAAUCCACUGAACUCAAAGAGGACGUACAAGACACUUGUUUAUGUUUUGUAGAAAAAAGAGGACAAAUUUUUAAAAUCAAAGUUCAUGUUCCACAGAUGGGAAGCUAUAAGCUUGAUAUCUACGGUGAGCGACCCAAACUUUCCCAAGGACAGUAUCUGUGCACGUAUUUCAUCAAUGCCUUCAGCGGUGUCAUCCCAGUACCAGGCUUUCCUMAAGUCUCGGACACCUUCAGAUCGCUGGGAAUCCAACUCGUCGACAAACAUGAAAAUUUCGAGGUUCAAGAUGGCAAAGCCUCAAUCACCUUGCGACAUCCCAAGAAUAUCCGUCUCCAAGCCGUUCUCAAGAAAGGAGAAGAAGAAUACUCCGAUAUGUGUUUUACGGGAGAGUAUGAUGAAGAGAAGAGUGAGAGUACCGUCCUUGUCCAUACUCCAGAUUCAGGGAUUUUCAAAGUCGAAAUCUUUGGGAGACAAGAAGGAAAGAAAGACAGAGAAACUCUCUGUUCCUAUGUGACUAAAUCCCUCAAGGCAGCAAACGAAAACCCGGGGUUCCCACGGCUCUCAGACGCCUUCUUUUCGUGGGGUUUGACUUUAGUAGAACCGCUUCAGAACAUAAGCACUAGAAAUGGAAGAACCRUUAUCUUGAUGAAGACUUCUAAGAAUGUUGACAUUUUUUGCAAGCUGAUUGGGGAAGACAAGAAGAACAUUCCAGGGAUGUGUAUUACUAAAGAGACGGAUAAUGGAAGGGAAAUCGCUAUAAACACUCCCACACCGGGGCUUUUCAAACUGAACAUUUUUGGACGAAGAGGCAAGAAAAUUAAGAAGRUUUUAUUGGCGUCGUAUAAGAUUAAAUCCCACAGCGCGCCGUCUGAAAAUCCUGGAUUUCCAGAGCUAACGGACAUGUUUAGAAAGUGGAAACUUAGACUUGUCGAUCAGUUUGAGAAUAUCUCUACGGAUACUGGACGUGCAUCAAUCACUAUCGAGACUCCUGGAAGUAUUCUUUUAAGUUCAACUUUAAGACAAAACGAAGAAGAUCUGCCAAGUGACUUAUGCUUUGCGGAAAGAAGCGGUGGACAGACUAAGGUAUCUGUUCACACCCCAGAAGCAGGGCUUUAUCAGCUGGACGUUUAUGGUCGUGAAGGUCCUGGCUCCAAGCCCGAGUUACUUUGUAAAUAUUCAGUGUUUAGCUGUAGGGGACUUGGAGAACGAGCUGGRUUUCCCCAUCUCGAUGAGUCUUUCAGGCUAUGGGGCUUAAGACUGGAAAGYAAUCGAGAGAACAUCGCAGUCUAUGAUGGGUCUGUUGUCAUAACAUUCCUGAAUCCAAACGGRGUAGAACUGAGAGCAGAAUUGUUGGACGAUUCCGAGGAGAAGCUACCGACUGUCAAAGAAGAGAAGAUGGAAGAACGAAUGGUUUAUCAAUGUUCUUUACCCAAGAAAGGACGAUACAUAUUUAGGUUAUUAGGAACCAAUAUMUCCGGUUCAAAACACAUGAAAUUCUUGUGUUCUUACAAGAUAUUUUAUUAGGUUUACUAUGCGUUAUGGGGCCGRUAUUUAUUGCGGUAUUUAAAUUUUUUCAAGGUUAUUCUAAAUAACCUAGAAUAAAAUCGGGUAGAAGGCCGUGUUUAGUUAAACGGAAUUUUAGAAAAUCGGAAAUGGAGUGUCAUCUUGCAKUAGUCGAAUGACUCGUAAAAAGAUAAAUGCACACUUCUGUACGUAGUGUCGUACUGUGYAAAGGUGCGCAUUUAGGAAUUGUCUUUGCCUAAAAAAUUUGGAAGCCCCUCAAAUUUAUAUAAUUAUUCAAAUUGCCCAAGAGCCGCGCGACAAAAUACUGAAGCGCGCGCAAUUCGCGAUUUGUAUAUCAAAAUUAACACAAAAGAAAGGUAAUAUUGUGAUUACGGAAAAUUGCAUACUACCGCGCCAUUAUCUGAAUAAUCUAGGUAAGAUUAAAGACAUAUAUUCUGUAUUUAUACAAGACAUAUUGAGUACAAAUACCCUCGCUGAGUUAAUACUCAAUAUACUUUGUCUUGCAGUAUUCAUUUUUCGCGGGGCAACCUUUUUUUUAGAAAAGCUGUAAYUAAUAAAUACAAACUGUAAUUAGAUUUGAGAUAUAUUUUUCAUUUCAAUUGUAAAAUUUCUUUCUUUUACAAGAAUAAAGUUAGAACCACGCAAAAACAGAAUGCGUGCAAGAGUACAUGAACAGAUAGUGCAUAUUAGUAAAUAAAUAUUGCACCAUCAUGUACCAUGAAACACGUUCAGCUAGCUCUAAAACAUAACUAUUUACAUAAGUCUCAGACUGCCUUAGAGGUGGUCAAUACUCGUCUUUACCUAAGCAAUMUCCUAGGCAUAUUUACAAGCAGGGUUUCUUUUGUGCAAUUAAAAUGUAGGGAAAUGGUUUCUUUAACACUC